AUGUAUUCUGCACAACCGCCCGCCGAAUUCUCCAACAAUCCCUUCAUCGAUCAUCCCGCCAACGCCCUCUCGCGCUACCCAGACAUCACAGGCGACGACGACCCCACCUCCGGCCAAUACACUUCCUGGCUGAACAAGCCCUCCGGCUCGAGUCCUGCACCCAAUCCAACUGGCUAUCCAGGGCAGGGCCUCCCGACAGGAUACAAUGGUGGAUUACAGCAGCCCCAGAUGCAGCCACAACAGACCGGGUGGACUGGAGGCGGAGGAUACACACAGCCCCAGCAGGGCUACGGUGUUCCUGCUGUGCAGAGUCCGCAGAUGACGGGUCGGCCGGGAUUCCAGCCCUCGAGCUCAUUCGGGCAGCAGCUCGCAGCGCAGGUGAACGGGCCGGGGGCAUACACAGGCAUGCCCCAGCAGCAGCAGCAGCAGCAGCAGCCGCCACAGCAACAAUACACGGACUAUCCAUCUCAAUUCGGCGCGAACACUGGAUACCAGCCGGCCUACUAUCCCCAACCGCAACAACAGCCGCAGCAGCAGGGCGCGCCGUACCUCGCCGAGUUUGACCCUUAUGCGCAGGCCGGCCAGGCAUUCGGGCAGCAGAAUUCCAGCGCUGGGACCGGCGGCUAUCGGCCACCCCAUCCGCGGGAGUACGUCCAGCAGCACAAAGUAGAGCUGGACAGCUGGGAUGUGUAUGCAUGGAAGCAGGCGCAGAAUUGCUUUGAGGCGCUAAGGGAGGCAUGGGGCGCACGGAAGCGCGAGGUGGAGGCGCGUGGGCGGUCUCUUGGAGGUGCGGGGCUUUUUGGCGGCGGGGGCUAUGGUGGAAUGUAUGGUGGGCAGGCGCAGGAGAUGGCUCGGCUAGAAAGUCUCGCAAAGGAGGCAGAGUCGAAUCAUGACUCAGUAGCUGCAUCAGCCUUCCAGUUCCAAGAGGUCUUCAGCGGGUACAGACAAUCCGGAGACCUCGCAUCUAAGCGACGCGUCCGCGAGGCUAUCAAUGCUGCGCUAACCAGUCUGCCCGAUUGGCCCUCACAGACCUUUUAG